CGUCGUGCAGCAGGCCGACGACUGCAAAAGCCAAUCUCUAGACUUAUUUAAUCUCUCGCAGACGUGUAGAAGAGAGAAAGGCAGUGCGAGAGAGGCGACGAUGACGACCAUCCCAGCCCGCCUGGCGCAGAUGACGCGCACCUCUGGCAACUCACAAGUCGCUAGACAGCGUGUCUUGGAAUUAUAUCGUGAUUGGUAUCGUUCUGCACCAGAAAUCGUCGAAAGCUUCACCCUAAACACAACACCGAACGAAGUUCGACGUAUCAUCCGCGCCGAGUUCGAGCGAAACCGCUACGUGACGGACCCAAAGGCCAUUGACGUGUUGGUUCAGAAGGGAAGGCAGACGUAUCAGGAGACGAUGAACUGUUGGGCACAGGACUCGCAUGUUCUUGGUAUCUUCCUUGCGCCGAAGGAUAGGCCGCAGAGGACGUUCAUGCAGAAGUUCCUUGAGGGGAGAGACGAAGAUCAGGUAUUGCCAGCUGCAUCUGGAUCUUUACAAAAGGAUUACAUUCCUUGACCUUGAAUCUCGCUAUGUAUAAACCCAACAUAAUAAUACCAGCUGCAUCGAGUUCUCGACAAGGGGAUUAUAUUCCCUGAGUUUUGCUGUGUAUAAAUC